UCGCGGUUGUGAAAACGACGCUUAACAACCACCUCACAAUCGAAAACAUCGCCGCGCAGAUACGCUUGUCAUUUGCCAAAAUAUUGUUUUCGCAUCUUCCCAGGUCGAAAGAAAAAAAAGGAAACUACCACCGGAGUGGGUUGUGAUUGUAUCCGUUCCUCCGCUCACAGGGGAACCAUUGGUGAAGAAUAUGGCCAGUCAACAAUCAUUCUCGCUACGAUGGAACGAUUACUCGUCGCACAUUGCCAGAGCGUUCGAGUCGCUGCGCUACGAGGAAGAUCUCGUCGAUGUGACGCUAUACUGUGAGGGGCGCAGAAUACGCGCCCACAAGAUGGUACUGUCCGCGUGCAGCUCCUAUUUUAAGGACAUCUUCAAGGAGAACCCAUCCCAGCAUCCGAUCAUUAUCUUUAAAAAUGUGAAAUACUCCGAUCUGGUCUCGCUGGUGGAAUUCAUGUACCAGGGUGAGGUAGUGGUGCUGCAGGAGUCUUUGCCAAGCUUUCUGCAUACGGCCGAGCUGCUCUCGGUCCGCGGUCUGGCCGAUACGUGCGACACCAUUGAACAGCACCUGCACAGUACGAUCUCGGAUCAGCCGACCUCCUCACUGGCCCAACAAAUACUGCAAACGCAAUCACGCAACAUGAACAACGCCACGAUCACGACGGAGCCCGUAUACUUUACGCUACCCUCGAACUCCACCAUCGUACCGCAGAUAAAGAUUGAGUCGCAGCCGCCUGCUUCACAGCAACUGAUCAACAAAAUUCUACUAAAAUCCUCCAACGAUAUUACCGCCGCCCUUGGCAAUACCAUCGUACCGCAGGCACAGCAGCAGCAGCAGCAACAGCAAACGCACUCCCAAGCACACUUACAGCAGCCACAACCAUCCACAACGGCUACGCAGCAACAGCAGCAACCACAACUGCAAACACAAACGACGAUACGCGAACAACACCAGCCAAACCUGGUUUUGAAAGCAUCCCACAGCGUUACCAUGCCGACACUGGGGCAACCGAUCGUCGCUCACGGUUCCGCAUCCCAGCCCGAUCAAAACAAACAGCAGUCCGCGACUGCAUUGCAAGACCUGGUGGAAAGCGUAAUAUCCAUGCCUCGGCCGGUAAAAAUAGAGCGCGUCUCCAAGCAAAAGGAUACCUCAACGCUACCCACAACAACAGCAGCAACUAAGCAAGCGACCAGUACAGCGGCGGUGGAAAUUAAGCCAUCCACCAGCUAUACAUCGCUGUCAACUACGACGAACACUGCAAAUCAAGCCGCAAACAGUGGAAUGGACAUGUACGAGCAGGUACCACAGAGCCACGAAACAUCGUACACGGCAAACACGGGCAACGGUGAGGUGAAACUGCACAUUUCUGAGUUUAUCAAUGUUGGUGAAAGUAUGGCGACGACCAGCGGGGGAGACAGUAGCACCUACACCCACCCGGAAGGCUUCGAGCUGGUGAAUGAGAACAUUCCAAACCGAUCGGAACCGGACGAAACCAUCGAGCCGAGCAGCUUCGAGAUGGAGAUCGUUGAUAUGGACGUGGCUGGCAUUUUCCCGGACGAAGGAUCCACUACGAAGGAAACGACGAACCCGGCGGACGACAGCAGCACUGCAAAGACGCUGGAUAAAAAAUACAAAUGUAAAGUGUGCGGCAAAGGCUUUGUCACCUGCAAAUCGCUCAACAUGCAUCUGCACAUACAUAGCGGCCGCACCAAAUGUGGCAUCUGCGGUGCGGUGCUAUCGCGCACUGCCAACCUCAAGCGGCAUAUGAAGCUGAAGCAUGAACCAUGAGGUCCGACGGCACGUCCGACGUAAACUUUGCCGUGAAUGUUGUUUGGAUAGUGUUCUGGCAAACAUUACUUUUCUUGUUUGUUUCACAUAUGUAUUGUAAAACUGUGUAAAGAUUGAAAGUGACUAUCUGUUGUUUUCGGCUCACUUUCACACCCUUUCGUGGUACAAUCAGCCGUACCGGCGAACUCGUUCGUUCCUGGGAACGUUCGCCGCGACGCUCAUUUGCACUCAUUUCAUAGCCCUCUAGAUCAAAAUUUAGAAAACCGUAUGGAUUUUGUUCUGCCCAAUCUAGUAGUACAACCCUGCCCACUCAUGAGCGACGAAUGUUUCUCGUCGAACGAGUUCGCCGGUACGGCUGAAUAUAGCGUACUGCGAUCAUCCAUCGUGUCGUGAGUGUUUCUAUUUUAGAUAACAAUUUAGUCCAUCAUUUACACUUUGGGUACUCGCUGAAGAAAAAAGAUAAAACCAUUUUAAAACGAUUUUAAUCAUUACGUCAUUUUAACUAGAAUAAGUGCGUGAUUAUAGCAAGAGUUUUCGUUUGCUGUUAACUUCUAAAUGUAUCGCGUGAUAUAUGCAGUGCCUCAAUCGCAAAAAACGAACUAAUCUAGCUAGAGUUCAAUGAAGUUUUGUCCGGUUUUCCGAUUGAGGCAAUGCAUAUAUUUUACGUUUUUGUGAACAGUGAAUGAAAGUAGAUAAAUAAAUUUAUCAUCAAUGUAAUAAAAACAACACAA